UUUAUUUUGUAAUCGUCACAUCCUUUUCCAUCUGUAGUGUUUCGCUUCACACUUCUGUGAAGAAGAAUCGAGUAAACGCAAGCAAUUCAUCUCGAUGCCAUUAGUAAAUAAACUCAGAGUACAUCCACAGUUUCAUAUACAGUUUCUAGUUGACAGAUUUGUCAAAGGUUUAUAUCCACCAUGUCAAAGGCAACCAAACGCAAGCACGUAGUCAAGGAAGUUCUGGAGGACUGUGUCACACCCACUGAAGACCAGCAUAUCAUGAGGGUCUUGGGAAGUAAUGGCAAUAACCUCCACGAAGCUGUGACUGGCAGUGGCGAGCGCUUCCUCGUCAGUAUGCCUACUAAAUUCCGUAAGAACAUUUGGAUCAAACGAGGAGACUUUGUCAUUGUUGAUCCCAUUAAAGAAGGAGAGAAGGUGAAAGGAGAAAUAAGCUUCAUACUUUACAGGGACCAUAUUAAGUACCUGAGAAAACUUGGUGUCUGGCCGGAAGGAUUCCAGGAGGAUCGCACAUCCGGUGAGAGGAACAAGGGAACACCGAAAGAAGGAAGCGAGAGAAAAACAGAGGAGGAGGAGGGUGACAGCGACUCAGAGGAUGACGACAGUGAUCUUUUUGUAAACACCAAUCGUGCCACUGUUCUCUACAGUGAGAGUGAGGAAGAGACUGAUGAGGAUGAAGAGGAGGAGGAAGAAGAAGAUGAAGGAAGAGCAUAAAACUGCAAAUAAUACUGGAUGAUGCUUCCACCACAGCAUGACCAAGAACAGUUUACUGGAAAACUACACUGAUGCCUGAGACUGAGCUAUUACUGCAUUCAGAAGUUUCUGCUUUAGUUGAAUUUGUUUCAGGUCUCAAAUUUUUGUUUCCUUAAAAGAAACAUUGUGUAUCAUAAUUCUUGUAAAUAUGAUAUUGUAAUAAACGUUGUUUUGUACA